AUGGGGUUCAACGAGAAGAAUGGCGAAGAUAACCGAUGGAGAAUAUAUAUUCUCCCCUACCUGGGCGUGAACCGCCCGUCGUAUUGCCAAAUCUCCAAAACAUCCAACCUAAAGACUAUAAUCCACGCCCUCCAACUCGCUUCAGACCUCAUCAGUUCGCUCCAUAUCAUGGCACGGAUUACCAUCGUUGGGUCAGGCAUCAUCGGCCUAGCUAUAGCAGCGCAGCUUUCGCGACACCACGAGAUCACUAUCAUCGCAAGAAAUAUCCCUGGCGACGACCCUUCAAUUGAAUGGGCUAGUCCAUGGGCCGGCGCUAGCUUCGUUGCGGGCUAUUGCUCUGAACCUCGCGAGCGGAUGAUGCAACGUGAUGCCUUCCGUGAACUAUGGAGAAUAGCGAACAGUUUCCCGGAAUCUAGCGUGAAGAAGAUUCCGAUGGAGAAGUUCUUCGAUGAAGAGAGGACUGCCGACGAUCUAUGGUUUAGCGACUAUGUGCCAAACUUUCGCUUCCUACCGAAAGAUCAGCUUCCAAGAGGAGCGAAAGUUGGAAUAACAUAUACGACAGUUGUCCUCAACCCGAAUAUUUUCCUCCCUUGGCUGAAGCAGAAACUCGAAAAUUCGGGCGUGAAGUUCAAGCGCAUGAAUCUAGGAUCUCUGGCAGACGCGAGCCACCUGGGCCAUGACGUUCUCAUUAAUGCGACAGGAGCUGGUCCGAAAUACCUCGACGACGUCAAAGACGAGACUAUGGAGUUGCUCAAGGGACAGGUUAUGGUCGUAAAGAGCGAUUACCAGAAACAUCUCAUGCGCGAUAAUGGAAAGGACUAUACCUAUGUCAUACCUCGCCUUGAUGGUACGGUUAUUCUUGGAGGCAUCAGAGAUCCGGAUGUGCUUAAUACGGCGGUGGAUAUCGAGGUCGACAAAGAUAUCGUGCGGAGAGUUAGCCAAUAUCUUCCUGGAGGCUUCUCUGGAGAUCUGUCUAGUUAUGACCUCGUGGGUCACAACAUAGGCAUUCGACCGUACCGGUCUUCCGGGAUGCGCAUUGAGAAGGAAGUCAAAGGUGGUCAGCACAUCGUCCAUGCGUAUGGUAUUAAUGGAGGGGGUUAUAUCUUUGGGUUUGGAGUAGCACGAGAGGCGGCCAAACUGGUCGAUGAGUUCUUGUUCCCUAGCGGGAAAGCUCACCUUUAG